AUGCGCCAGGGCAGCCAGACUCCACUGGCCAGCUCUACGGAAUCACUAAGUCAGUCAUGUACUCAGCUUGUACCUCAAUCCGGGAGUCAAAUGUCGGUCUGUCCAGUAGUCCCGGCUAAUAGACCCCAGGCCGAAGAGCAACAGAGAGCAUUAGGUCUACUUUCCGAUAAGCAUAACAAACCGCUUGACUCUCAGAGUUAUCAGGACGGCUCAAUGUCACCAACAUCAGCAGUGCAAAUCGGCUUGCAUCAAGUCACUCAACUACCCUCGACACUACCAAAAGAACUAAACCAAUGUCAUGGUUUGAUGGGGACUCAACCCAUGCAUGUAUCUGCUCUUGCUGGAGGCCAUAUUAGCCAGGUCCUUUCAUCAGAAGCCAAAGAGUUAGUGAAUGUAGGGGAGCAUCAAAAGCUCAGAUUCGAUGUUUCUAUGCAGCAUUCAGCGGAUCAAAAUCCUGACUUAAGCAUAGAAUUUAAAAAGACAUCAGAAAACUCUCUUUCACAGCAGAAUAUUGUCCAUGAAACGAAUAGUUACUCCGAUUCGACUAACCUGUCGACUUCAUCAAAGGAGCCUUUCUCGUCACAUGAGAAAGCACAGGCGGUGAGCCAAACUACCGACCUUCUAAGUAAUCAACAGACUACACUUUCUGGCUCCAAAUUCACCAAUGAACAACAAAAAUUAUCGGACGUUUCUGGUUCAAAAAUAGUCUACCAAAGUCUAAAAACUUCUUUACUUUCAGAAAGUCCUUCUGAAACUGCAGUUACAAGUGCCACCCAAGUGACUGAUUCAACAAAGGGCUUUAUUGGUUUUACAGCGCCCCUAGAGUUAAUUUCACAGAGUAACGCCGAGUCGUCUUCGAAUUUGUUGACUGCUGCUCAACAAGUUUCACAGAAGGCCAUUUCGCGAACUAAUCAGAUAUAUGAUGGCUUGGUUCAGCCUCUGUCUCAACUGGCUUCACCUUUAAUCGAAACUCGGGCUCCCGUUAUGGUUUUCGGACAGCCCACAGAGUCUCUUGCGGAGAGGCCGGACACCAAGAUAACUAGUCAAUGUCAGCCUCUUUCGAGUGUAAACACCGCGGCCCACUCUGACCUUCCAAGUUCAGCUGUAAAGUUAUCCGACUCCAGUGGUUUGACCCAAGUUCAGCCGAACAAAGAACCAUAUUCUGCGCUCUCUUAUGAACUCGAACAGGUUUUCAGUGCUAGCGACAUUCUCAAACUCAGUCCCAUUGAAUCCGCCGCUCCUGCGGAGAUACCACUAAAGGAACCUCAUAUCAAGGUGCCUUGGAUGAAGCCUCCAUGGACUCAAAAGCCAUUAGAGCAGCCAAACAAGCCCAGGCCUCUGAAGGUUCUUAUCGAGCAGAGCAAAUGGCCCCAGUGCACAUCAGACUCACCAACUAGCCUAGCAAAUGCAUUCGGUCCCGGCCUUGGUCUUUGCCCCGAUCAGCCUGUUCUUGUUGACCAGGCGACUGAGUUCACCAUCGACUUGAGCCGGUUGGCCUCGACAAAGAGCCCUCAACAAACAGAUUCAGCCUCUAGUGUCGAGGUUGUUAUCCAGGGGCCCAAGGAGCCUGAUUCGGUCGUUUGCGCAGACCGAGGUGACGGAACACUGGGUGUGAUGUACGUACCUCGCCAGGUUGGCAAGUACGUCGUCAGCCUUGUGCAUGCCGAUCAGACUCAUCUUCCCGGCAGUCCCUUUGUGGUAGCUGCCUAUCCGGCAGAUCGCUCUCACCUUAGCACCGAUGAAGUCGUCACAUAUGGUCUCGGAGUUGGCAAAUGGGGUAUGAGGCCUUCGGAGGGCAAAUGGAAAGCUUGA